GAUUGGCCGCCAGGCCUGAGCUUUGCAACAUUCAAACUUGGAGGCAGCGGCAGGAGCAGAAGUGAAGGAGGAGGAGGAGGAGGAGGAGGAGGCGGCGGCAUGGCUUCGCAGAACACGGACCCCAGCGGGACCCCCGCCCCGAGGAAGGCCGCCGAGGCCGGCAGCAGCGCCGCCAAGGGCUCCGUCCGCAGCAGGCUGCAGCAGGAGCUCAUGGCCCUGAUGAUGUCUGGGAACAAGGGCGUCUCGGCCUUCCCGGAGUCGGAAAACCUCUUCAAGUGGAUCGGGACCAUAGUCGGAGCGGCCGGGACGGCCUACGAGGGUCUGCGCUACAAGCUGUCCCUGGAGUUCCCCAGUGGCUACCCCUACAACGCGCCCUCCGUGCGGUUCCUGACGCCCUGCUUCCACCCCAACGUGGACCUGCAGGGAAACAUCUGCCUGGACAUCCUCAAGGACAAGUGGUCCGCCCUCUACGACGUCCGCACCAUCCUGCUCUCCAUACAGAGCCUCCUGGGCGAGCCAAACACGGAGAGCCCGCUCAACACAGAGGCCGCAGAGCUCUGGAAGAACCAGCCAGCUUACAAGAAACGCCUCCACGAAUCGUACGCAAAGCAUACGAAGAGCCAGGAAAGUUGAUGAGCCCCCUCCCCUCCCCCCCCUUUCAGAGGGGUGGGUCUUCCCUAAUCCUCCUCCCCCCGCAUUCUUGUAUCAUAGACUGUUUUUAAAUUUAUUUUGUGUUUUCUCCCUCCUUUUAAUGUAUGAAUAAACCCAUUUUAAGUGUC